CAUGUAGAAAUGACAUUUUUGAUUCAAGACAACAACAAUAUCAGACUUUGAUCAAUUGGCCUGACAUGAGUCUCUGGGCUGGGAUAAGGAAACUUUAUUUUAUUUUAUUAUUUUGUGAGAUAGCCUAUGUACAGUAUAUACGCGUGUCUCAAUUAGCCUGUGACCGCUGCUUAUCUGUUGUGUGCUGCUCCAGUUCUGUGACUUCUAUAAUCUGUCUUCAGCAGCACAUGAUGUAUGAGCUAUAGGCCUAAUUACUGUGAUAAGAUGCCGGAGAGCGGCAGCGCUGGUAUAGGCUGAGCUGCUUUAAAAGAAGCCGAUGGACCCUUUCUGCUUCCAACGCACAAUCACUGCGAUUGAAAUAAAAGCUCAGUCACCCGAUGAAGCUAUUGGCUGGGAGGCUCCGGGUCCUUGCGCACUGCCGAUGGACCGCUCUCAUAAGCGCUCGCUCUGACUCGACACACGCACAUCAAACUGCGUGGGACCAUGUCGCAGUACACUCUGGGAGUUCACCUGCAGAUUCUGCUGGCUGUGGGCCUGGCCGUGUUCUGCUACUGUCUGGUUCUCGGUUGCGUCCUUUGCUGUCGCAGAAAGAAGAGGGCUUCAUCCGAGGACAAGGAGGCAGUUUUCUUGUCUCCUCAUCCUGCAGAGAGGGUGACCGUGACAUUGACUCCGUCUCCGUGUACACAGCCUGUUAAGCAGCAGUAUGAGGAGCUGGAUGGAGAUGUGUUGGAGUUUCCUUCCUCUAAAAGCAGCUCUUCUCCCUCUGAGGAUGAUCUAACUGCUCUGCCUUUUGACACCAACCCAACCAGUUCAGCUGAGCUGGUGCAGUCUCUGGGGUCAUCUUCCUCAAUGCGGCGCCUCAGCACCCCGGCUGUUCCCUACUCACCCAGUAAACCUCAAAGUCAUGGCAGAGCUUCUUUGCCCUCCCUCACUAAGAUGAAUCUGGUGUCCAAAUCUCGUCGGGCGAUGGGUCGACGAAGCACUGUGAGCGGUGAGAGUUUUCUUUACAGCGAGAGCAGUCGACUGACUGCUGGUGCUGCCAGAGCUCCUACCCAGCAGGGGGAGCUAUCACGGUAUGGCUCUAACUCUCUAUCCAUCCCCUCUAAACCCGCUCCUCUCCUGCACUUCUCCCUGCUCUUCUCCUCUGCCUGUGGCACCCUGGCGGUCAACAUCCUGGGGUUCUCGGGGGCCAGUCGAAGGCGCAGUGGGGUGUUUGUCCGAGUCAGCCUUCCUCCGCUCUGCCCCUCCCCUCAGCAGAUGGCCUCUCGGCGCCGUAGCCUCAGCCCAGACCUCCACAGUCAGAGCUUUGUGCUGCAGGUGGGCUCAGUGGAAGAGCUGUGCACCUGCACCUUGAGACUAGCUGUCUACAGCAGGGACUUCUCAGGCCUGAGAGAGACUGCGCUGGGGGUGGUGGAGCUGCUCUGUGAGCAAAUGGAUUGGGAACCCGACAUCACCACCACCUACACCAGGCAGCUCAGCCCAACUAAAAACAAGUUGAAAAAGAGUGUGAGUUCUCAGGAAACCUUGGGUCACAGGAAGAGCUCAGUGUGUGCACCACGUGCUUUAGGCCAACUGUUCAUCCUGCUGCAGUACCAGACGCUGGCCCAGCGCAUCAAAGUGAUGGUCCGAAAGGCUGAGAAUCUGGCCAAGCUCACACGGAUCCCAGGAACUCCAGACCACUACGUUGUCAUCAACUUGCGUCAGGAUGGGAAAGUAAUUGGUACCAAGGAGACCAAAGGAGCCAGUGGUCCGAACCCCGUCUGGAACGCUCCAUUUCUGUUUGACGUGCCCCCUGGUGACAUCACUCAGCUGCCAUUAGUGCUCGAAUUCAUCAUCAUGCAGGGCCGUCUCUACACUAAGAGCAGUGCUUUGGGUCGUGUGCUGAUUGGCAGCGAUGCUUCAGAGGCGGGACAGGGACACUGGAAGGAAAUGUGCAGUCGGGGGCAAAUAGAAACGGCUCGCUGGCACACCAUCCAAUCAGAUGUGUAGGACUAACAGACAGACUGCACCAGUGUCCCUUUGCAGCCUAGUGAGUGUCCUAGAGGUGGAGUUCCUUGUAGGUGGGAAUAACAUGCGAUAACUGCUGCCAAAGUAUUUAUUUUGUAUUUUUUUUUUUUUUUUUUUAGUUCUGUUGUGGAUUUUUGCUCGCCAUGCUAAUUUUGAGAGUUUUCCAUGUUAUUUAUCAACAGAUAAUGUUCAUGAAUUAAAUACUUAGUAAUGCUGUUCAAGGGAGAGACAAUAUUCAGAUGGUCCGUGUGUAUGUACACAUUGAUCACCAUGUGGAGGAGCGUGCGAGGAGGGAUGUGCAGCAGUUCUCUCCAUAUCAACAGUAUUCUGCAUCCCUGCAUUGCCUUUUUCAUUAUUUCCACUGUGACUUCUUAAAACUGUAGUCUGUAAAACUGUAUCAUUCUGGAUGUACUGUAUGCAAUUUGUGCUGAUGUUGUAGUACUGUUUGUAUUGUGCCCAGAGGCUACAAAUGUUAAUGUUCAAUAGAACUUGUUGGAUUUUCAAAGAUUUCAGUGCAAAUUUCGGUGCAUCUAUGUUGCCACUCUGCCUGUGGUUUGCUGUGGUGUAUUGCUGUGCCAGUAUUUGUCCACAAGCUGUAAACACAUCUGACAUUCAGUGUGAGGCCGUUACACUGGCCUCACUUUGUGUAGCAUGUGGGCUGAAUUAUUGUUUUAUUUGUGCAGUUCCCAAAAGGAAAAAGGUUUUUGUCCUCUUUUCAGCCACUGGAACUUACAAUAAACAUGUGGUGGCUUUAUGAUUCACAGUCGUACUGUAAAACAACCAGUAUUCAGCCAGUCAAGCAAUGCCUAAUGCCAAAAACGUGUGUGUGUUUCUUUAUAACACUUAUUAUUAUUUCAAUAUCUAAAAAUGUGACACCCUUUGUAACAAAAUCAGAAGGGUGGGUUUGAACAUAACAAUUCUUGACAUUUAUUUGGCACAUAUAUAAUAAUGACACAUUUUAGAAAAUGUAAUGUGUUUUUAAUACAAAUCAAUUGAGUUUAUGUAUAGUAUAUAGACCAUGUUGAUGCCUACUGGUGGCAUGUAUUGUCUCAACUGUAUAUGAAUGUCUUUGCUUUUAAAAGGAAAUAGUGUCAGAAGAUCUAAAAUAAAUCAUUAUAUUAUAUAAAUAAA